AUGAUCCAAGUAACUCGACCUACCGUUCUCCUGGCCGGCCUCGCCGCCGUAGCCACGGCCCGUGUGUGUCAGAACCUGACGAUUCCCAUCACGAUAUCAGCGCAGAACACCAAGUUCACCCUCCAAGCGCCGGCCAACGACAUCGAAGUCACGAACUUCUUUCUGAACCUUGCGCAGCCAGGUGCGAACUUCACCCAAACGGUGCUGAACACCAAUGAUUCGGUCGCCACCAUUACCGGCAACUACUCCAUCGGCGCGACCUACUGCGAGCCGGACUCGGGCCCCGGAAGCGCGCUGCAGAUCCUGACGCACGGCAUCGCCUUCGACCGCUCGUACUGGGACUUCGGCUUCGCGAGCUAUAACUACAGCUACGCGAACGCGGCGCUCGCGCGCAACUACAGCGUCUUCUUCUACGACCGCCUGGGUCUUGGCGCCUCCACGCGCGGCGACCCGGUAAACGAGAUCCAGACGAACCUCGAGCUCGCCGCGCUGGCCGCCGUCACGUCCAAGCUGCGCGGCAACCAGGUCGCCGGCGUCCCGGCUUACCCGAAGCUCGUCCACGUCGGCCACAGCUACGGCUCCGUGCUCUCGUACGCGCUGGUGCAGGCUAAUCCGGACCUGUCCAACGGCCUCGUGCUCACGGGCUUCGGUCAGGCCCAGGGCAGCUACUCUUCGUUCUUCACCUUCGGCGGCAACUACGUGGUGGCGCGGAACGCGUCGGCGAGCCUGGCCGCCUACCCGGCGGGCUACAUGGCCUCGGGCGACCGCACGGGCGUGCAGACCAACUUCUUCGGCCCCGACAACUUCGACCCGGCCGUCCUGCAGGCGGCCUACGUGUCGAACCAGCCCGUCACCGUCGGCGAGCUGAUGACCAUCGGCGGCGGUGCGGUCGGCAACAACACUUUCGCAGGACCGGUCCUCGUUAUAACGGGAGAACGCGAUAUCCCGUUCUGCGGAGGUAAUUGCAACACGAGCACGCCUCCUAUCCCCGAUCAGUCGAAGCAGUACUUCACCAACGCGACCACUUUUGAUGCUAUUGUCGUCCCUAAAGCUGGCCACAGCUUAAAUUUGGAGUACACCGCGGCGACCACAUACACGUCAAUCCACGACUUCCUUGAUCAGAACCUUUAG